UAAACGGAGCUGAUGAAAUGGACAGAGUGUAGAAACAAUGUAUACUGAAACCUUAACCUAUUUUUUCAGAGUUGUGACUUGCUGUCUUAAAAUAAUGACUUACCGUUCUGAAAUAAUUACCUGCUUUCUUUUGACAUAGUAAGUUUUUAUUUUGAGAUUUUGAGAUAAAAAAGCAAUUAUUUCGAGAUACUACUUUGAAGAAGUAGUAAGAACUACACAUCCCAGCCGUCCAGGAACUACUUCCGUGUUGAAAGGUUCAAAAGUCGCUGAUUGGCUGAGCGCCGCAGCCGAAGACGAGCUGAAGGUGUUUGUUGUCCUGAACCUGCAGCGAGCCGUAGCAACGGUUCUCAUUUUGUACAGUAUGGACGCGUUACAGAGGCACAGGUCUCUGUACAAGGGCACCACUCCACCAUGGAAGGAGACAUACAGAAAGCGCUGCGUGGAGAGGCUGAAGAACAGUCGGUCCCGGUUACUGGAGAAGUACCGUCAGAUGUCAGACUGCACUGGGGGCUCGAAGAGCUCUCUGCUUGUCCAGGAGGUCAUGGAGAUGGAGUGGAAUGCCUUACAGUCUUCCAACCAGUCACUGCCUUCACUGUGGAGGAAAGAUGGCAUCAAAGACAUGUACAGCGACAUGCAAGAAAAUGACGAGCUGGCAAUUUUAGAGGAAAUUCAACAGGAGCUCAUGUCUCAAGAACGUUCUAUCAUAGAGGAAUACCACAAAAGCCAGCAAUACGAAGAACAGUAUUUAAGUGUAGUUGUGGACGGAAUGGAAGAAGACGGAAAGCUCAUAUGUCCUGUGUGUCACGUGAAUAACCUAACAGUGAACAGUCACUUCACAUCAUGUCCCUGUGGCCUUUAUAUCAACACUAUGGGUAGGAAUAUAACACCAGAAGUGCUCCAGCGUCUGCUUGAGGCGAGGGUAACCGAACACAUGGAAGACUGUCUCCAGAACCCCGUAUUCUCUGUGGCCUCUAACAUGGAGGGUUCACCUAACCUUAUGAUAAGCUGCAAGGCAUGUGAUUACCUCUCUAUUGUCCUGUGACAAUCUGCUGUGCAACAGUGAGGAUUAUGGGAGUUGAUGUCCUGUAACCAUGGGAGUUAUUUCCCUCGGAAGAUUUGUAUUUUAUUUCUGUGAAAUAAUAAAGCUAUAUUAGUCACUUAACUUUUAAACACUUGCUUUUACACUAUGGUAUUUAUGCAGGGGUGUAGCUCUUGCAUUAAAGCUGCUACUUAGGUCAAGGUUGCUCUGAGCAAUAGGAGAAUUCAUGCUAUUCUGUACAGUUAGUACAAAUAUAAUAAUGCAUAUAAUUUAGUGACUUAGAUUUCUUAAGGUGCCGUUAAUAGAUUUAAAAAUGGCCAAAAACAUAUCAAAACUAUUGCAGUUAGUGUUGGCAAGGGAGGAGUUGCAUGUUAGAUGCAAAUGGAACUACAGUCUGCAGGAAAGAUUUUAAGGAGGGUUGGUGACCAUGGAUUAUAGCUUUCCAUUCAUUUAGUCACUGAACAUGCAGCGUAAGCCAGAGUUUUUCAACUCCAGGGGCCUUUUACAGAAACUUCCUAUCUUACUGACUUCUGACUCUAACUUCUUAUCCUUUUGUUUUAAGAUCUGACGGGUCAGGAUAAGAUUUUUCACAAAUUUGUAUCACAGAAGCAAAUCUUAUUAAUUUAGGAAUCUUAUCUUACAGCACCUUAUCUCGAGUUAGGAAAUCUCAACCUGCUCGAUCAAGGUUGACGAUCAACUGUCACGUCUGUUACCUAGCAACUGACUAUACGUGCACGGCUGAAACGUAAACACAAUCAAGACAGUCAAAUUAGUUAGCUAGACAGAUCGCUACUGUUACUGAAAGUCAAACAAAACUAAAGUGUGUGUAUGGAGGCCUGAUGGGAUAUCCUGUAUGAAUAAAAAUAAGGUGUGGGGAAGAGAUGAUUAAGUCGUGGCCACGAGUUAGUAAGGCAUUGGAAUAAGAUCAUGCCAUAUUAAGCUGUGGUCUAGGCUUAAUUGUCUCAUUCCCACGCCUUUUUACUUAUAUGGGAUGUCACCAGCAGGGCUUGGUAAAAAUGUAAUAAACUGGAAGUUGAGUAUUGUGACAGCGCUAGGGCUUGUUUAUCAGAGGGUCGCUGCUUUCCAGAUUCAGUUUCCCUGAAUUUGGGAGGGGACAGUGAAUAUUGUGUCUGCUAUUUUUAAAACGGUGUUAGGAAAAAAAAAAACCCAAGUCAAAGCACCGUUUUCAGUGUAGAUAAAUUGUAGUGUCGUUAUGCUACUUAGAGUCAGAGCCAUGUAGAGAUGGCUGUAGAUCUACAUGGCACUGGUUAUAAUGAACUAUGCUGCCUGUCACUGCAUAAACCAAUAGAAACAGAAGUUAACACACCUUUGGGGUUGGCAAAGUUAGACAGAAUUCAGGUAAUUCUGUCUAGUUAGGAUCUUUCUGCAAUACUGUUUUCUUAUCAGGAGUUAAUGGAUAUGAUUCUGAACUUAAGAACUGUUGUUCUCUAACAGCUUCUGUCCUAAAUAACUGAAGUUAUCAUGGUGACUAAACAGAUAAGAUUUCAGAGUUAAGAAGUUUCUGUAAUACAGCCCCUAAUCUUUAAGCUAGUUUCCUCUCCUAGAUUUUAUAUCACUGAUUAGAGACCUGGCAUCAUGUUUACCAGUGACUGCAAAAUCCAGGGCUGGAUUGGAUUCAGUACUAACUAUGGAACCUCCCUCUUAUUAUCACUUUUUUUCUUAAACCCUUGGACCCUUGCAGAUACAAUACAAUGACUUCUGUCUCACAGAAUGUAGGUCCAAAGUCUGAAAGACCAGAGAUUUAGACCAAGCAUUUGAUUAAGUCAAGGAAAGCAAAGAACAGCAGAGCAGGGAUUUCCCAUCUUAUCUGCAAAGAAAAUCUGCAGUGCCUCUUUGUGUAUAAGAUUGGAGUUGCAGUAGAGCAACAGUUUAAAUGCUUUGAAUGGGUCUUGCAGAGGAUAUAAUGGUGUACAUUCUGUCCAAUUGUUUUGUUUCAGUAUUGGAGAGCAGGGUUACAUAGCCAUCUGAUUUAAUUUAAAAAGCAAUAAUCACACUCACAGAACUGUUUAUUUUUUUUAUUUUUUUUUGAAUGCCACUGUUAAAUAUUUCCAUGUCAGAAUGAUACAAUUGUCUUUUCUUAAACAAUUCCUAAUCAUGAAAAACUGUCUUCUAUUUUAACUGAUUACUGAGUGACUCACUGUUUUGAAGACGUUUUUUGUUUAAAGGACAUUUGACAGUUGGACUACAUUAACCAGUACAGGGGCAAUUCA